CAAUCUCAUUUUGCAUCCCAAACGCUGUCGACGAAGGGCUCUGUUCUCUCGCGUAGGGAAGCCAUGGUGUUCAUCCGAACUUUGGAUUGCAGAACUCUCGCCGUCGAGUUGAAUCCGAUCUCGACCUCCCUCCGCUCCUUAAAGAUCACCGUCGAGUCCAGAACCGGCGUCCCCGUUCAUCUCCAGCGCUUCUUCCUCGCCUCCCGUCGUCUGGUCCCAAUCCCGGCCGCCGGGGAUGAAUCCACAACUACGCUCGCCGAACUAUCCGUUCUAUCUAAUUCCACCCUAACCCUCCACUUCCCUCUGCUCGGAGGCAUGCAGUCCUCUUCCGUUCAAGCGAGGCCUCCGCGCUAUGAGUUCCUCAACUCAAAACCCCCUCCGAAUUAUGUCGCUGGUCUCGGACGUGGCGCCACCGGAUUCACCACCCGUUCGGAUAUUGGUCCCGCACGCGCUGCUCCAGAUUUGCCGGAUCGCUCGGUCACUGCGAUUGGCGCUGCUCCCGCUGGCGUCGGCCGCGGCCGUGGAAAAGGCCCCGGAGGCGAGGAAGAGGAAGAAGAUGACGCGGAGGAGAAGGGUUAUGAUGAGAAUCAGAAGUUUGAUGAGUUUGAGGGUAAUGAUGUCGGUCUCUUUGCCUCAGCUGAGUACGACGAGGAUGACAAAGAGGCGGAUGCGGUGUGGGAGAGCAUCGACAAGCGGAUGGAUUCGAGGCGGAAGGACAGGAGGGAGGCACGGCUGAAGCAGGAGAUUGAAAAGUAUCGUGCCUCAAACCCUAAGAUCACCGAGCAGUUCGCGGAUCUCAAGAGGAAGCUUGCUGAUGUGACCCCCGAGGAAUGGGACAGCAUUCCGGAAAUCGGGGAUUAUUCUCUUAGAAACAAAAAGAAGAGGUUUGAGAGCUUUGUGCCGGUGCCGGAUACCCUCCUUGAAAAGGCUAGGCAGGAGAAGGAGCAUGUGAGUGCCCUAGAUCCUAAGAGCCGUGCUGUGGGAGGAACUGAGACGCCUUGGUCACAGACACCCGUCACAGAUCUCACAGCUGUGGGAGAAGGUAGAGGUACAGUUCUUUCGUUGAAGCUUGAUAGAUUGUCUGAUUCUGUGUCGGGUUUGACAGUAGUGGAUCCAAAGGGCUACUUGACUGAUCUCAAAAGCAUGAAAAUUACUAGUGAUGCUGAGAUUUCCGACAUCAAGAAGGCAAGGUUGUUGCUGAAAUCAGUUAUUCAAACAAAUCCCAAGCAUCCUCCUGGAUGGAUAGCAGCUGCAAGGCUGGAGGAGGUAGCUGGAAAGACACAGGUAGCAAGGCAGUUAAUUCAGAAAGGAUGUGAAGAGUGCCCAAAGAAUGAGGAUGUUUGGUUGGAGGCUUGUCGACUAGCUGGCUUAGUAAGCCCUGAAGAGGCUAAAUCAGUGAUUGCCCAAGGUGUGAAAGCUAAUCCAAAUUCUGUGAAAUUGUGGGUACAGGCUGCAGAUUUGGAGAAAACUGCUUUGAAUAAAAGUCGUGUCUUGAGAAAGGGGCUGGAGCACAUUCCAGAUUCAGUCAGGCUGUGGAAGGCAGUUGUUGAAUUGGCUAAUGAGGAGGAUGCUAUGGUCUUGCUCCACAGGGCUGUGGAAUGCUGCCCGCUUCACGUGGAGCUGUGGUUGGCACUUGCUAGGCUGGAAACAUAUGAGCAAGCAAAGAAGGUGCUCAAUCGGGCAAGGGAUAAGCUUUCAAAGGAGCCAUCAAUUUGGAUAACUGCAGCGAAGCUUGAGGAGGCCAAUGGUAAUAUUGGCUCUGUUAAGAGGGUCAUUGAGAGAGGUAUAAGAGCUUUGCAAAGAGAAGGGGUUGAGAUUGAUCGGGAGGCUUGGAUGAAAGAGGCAGAAGCUGCAGAAAGAGCCGGCUCAGUUGCUACAUGCCAGGCUAUUAUUAGCAAUACCAUUGCAAUUGGUGUGGAAGAAGAAGAUAGGAAGAGGACAUGGGUUGCUGAUGCUGAAGAGUGCAAAAAGAGGGGCUCCAUUGAGACAGCGCGAGCUAUUUAUGUCCAGACACUCUCUGUAUUUCUGACAAAGAAGAGUAUUUGGCUCAAGGCAGCUCAGCUGGAGAAGAGCCACGGGACUAGGGAAUCUCUUGAUAACCUACUUAGGAGAGCAGUUACUUACAGGCCUCAAGCGGAGGUACUAUGGUUAAUGGGUGCAAAAGAAAAAUGGCUUGCAGGAGAUGUCCCAGGAGCUAGAGCAAUUCUCCAGGAAGCAUAUGCUUCGAUUCCAAAUUCUGAGGAGAUAUGGUUGGCUGCAUUUAAGCUUGAAUUUGAGAACAAUGAGCCUGAGAGAGCACGAAUGCUUUUGGCUAAAGCCAGGGAGAGAGGGGGCACGGAGAGGGUUUGGAUGAAGUCUGCUAUCGUUGAAAGAGAACUCGGGAACACUUUAGAGGAGAGACGGUUGCUGGAGGAAGGAAUCAAGUUGUUCCCCUCAUUUUUCAAGUUGUGGUUGAUGCUUGGACAGAUGGAGGACAGGCUUGGUCAUGUUGAACAGGCAAAAGAAACCUAUGAAAGUGGUCUGAAGCAUUGUCCUAAUUGUGUUCCUCUUUGGCUUUCUAUUGCUAACUUAGAAGAGAGAGUGAAUGGCCUGAGCAAAGCUCGUGCUGUUCUUACCAUGGGAAGAAAGCGAAAUCCUCAAAAUCCUGAACUCUGGCUUGCAGCCAUUCGUGCUGAGUUGAAGCAUGGAAACAAAAAGGAAGCGGAUUCAUUGAUGGCGAAAGCACUGCAGGAAUGUCCUACAAGUGGGAUUCUUUGGGCUGCUUCUAUAGAAAUGGUUCCAAGGCCUCAGCGCAAAGCAAAAAGUGCAGAUGCUCUGAAACGUUCUGACCAUGAUCCUCAUGUGAUAGCAGCUGUGGCUAAGUUGUUCUGGUAUGACAGGAAGGUGGACAAGGCGAGAAGCUGGUUUAAUAGGGCGGUCACUCUAGCACCAGAUAUUGGUGAUUUCUGGUCAUUAUACUACAAAUUUGAACUCCAGCAUGGUGUUGAUGAAUCUCAGAAGGAUGUGUUGAAGAGAUGCAUUUCUGCAGAACCGAAACAUGGGGAGAGAUGGCAAGCAAUUUCCAAAGCUGUGGAGAAUUCCCACCUGCCAGUGGAAGCCAUUCUGAAAAAGGUAGUAUUUGUUCUGGGUAAAGAAGAAAGCUCAAAUAUUUUAGAUGGUGUGAAGUCAUAGACUUGUUUCUUAUCAGAUCCUUUGUGUUAUUGCUUCUGUUGCACGAAGUAUGAUAUUUUUUAUGUCUCCAUUUUUAAGUAUUAUGAGGUAUGACAGCAAUUUUAAUAACUAGCAGGUGCUGAUAUUUCUAUUUUAAA